AUCGAUCUAGUCCAGAGGCGUUGUUUCGCGGAAAACGUGAACACGACGUGCUCUCACGUGUUUUCCCAUAGCGUGAAAUACAAAUGGUGCACAAAAAGCCAUGAUGUGAUAAGACUUUGAAUAGACUCUUUAAUCUGGUGUCUCAUUUUAAACUUAAUGUUAGACAGCGAAACUGUUCGAUCCUUGUGUUUUUGACUUGUUUUGAAUGAGAACAUGAUGUGAACUCUAUAACAUUCAUACACGUGGGAUGAGAUUGCAGAUCCUACUGCGCCUGAACAACUGGGUCUGGAUGAUCGGAUCCACCCGUCAAGCCCACGAACUCGCCACUCUGCGCCGUGUCUCCCUGCUCCCAGAGAAGAAGCGCCUGGCCCUCCUGUAUCCAUUCAGCAGUCUGGAGGCACAUCUAUCCCGACAGGCCGACAAGACCCGGUUCCAGCUCUACCAGCCCGCCCUGGAAGCCCUCGAGUUGGCGGAGAGACUUUUCACAUCAUCUCCCAAACAUCAGAUAGUCUACUCAUCAUCAGCUGUGCGCAUUGACCACCUGCCUGACCUCACACAGCCAGAGGUGUGUUUCAUAGGCAGGAGCAAUGUUGGAAAGUCCUCACUCAUAAGGGCCUUGUUUGCUCUCGCACCAGAGGUUGAAGUUCGGGUUUCCAAAACACCAGGACACACCAAAAAGCUGAACUUCUUCACGGUGGGGAAAGCGUUCACUCUGGUCGACAUGCCUGGUUAUGGAUACAGAGCCCCAGAAGACUUUGUGGACAUGGUCGAGCCUUAUCUUCAAGAGCGAAAAAAUCUUAUGAUGACGUUCGUGCUGGUAGAUGGAGUUGCAGGACUACAGAAGUUUGAUUUGGUUGCUGUAGAGAUGUGUGAAGAAUUUGGCAUUCCGUAUGCGCUGGUGGUGACUAAGAUAGACAAAACUCGUCAGGGAACUCUUCUGUCCCUCCUUCUGAACCUCCACGAUUUUAUCAAGGAUAAAACGAGCACAUGUUUCCCCCAGCCAUUUCUUGUGAGUUCCGUGCACUACUCGGGUAUCCACCUCUUCAGGUGCUUCAUAUCACACGUGACAGGAAACCUUCAGCUAAGCAAACCCACCUAAAAACCAUAUCAAGGGAUAGCACAAGCAAUGCCAAGAGUCUGGAUUUUGCUAAGCUCAGCCAGAUGUGUAAACAUCUAUGGCCUGUGUUUCAGCAGCUGCAGACUGCUCAGCUCAAGCCUGGGCCAAAAAGAUGAAUAUCCACGACAAGGACUGGACACAUGGCUAUCAUUCCUCAACUAAUCGCCUCAUUAGAACACGAAUAAAGACCCUUCUUUUUUAGGACCCUUUUAAACAAGUCAUUGGCUAACCUCAUCAGUCUUUUCUCAUUUGUUAUAUGAUGAUAAAGGAUGAUAAUGACACAUGCAUUAGAUGUUUAAUGGCAAAUCUGAUCUCAUGGUUGAUAUUAUACAUUGUGGCAAAAGUAGGAGGCGCAACAGACUUGCUUUAUUUGUGUAAUUAAUCAUGACAAUAUAAAAAUGUAAAAUGUUCAUAUAUUUACAAUGCCCAAAAGAUGAUUGUUGCUGUGGUCAAUAAAACAUUACAAUUUA